AUGACGGCGAUGGUUCCGCGUCGCAACAUUAGCGGCGUCCGGCGACUACCAACGACGCACCGCACCCGCCCGAGGUGGCGGUGCCGGCGACGGGAACAAAUUGCAGGGGAGCGAGCAUCAGGUAGCUUAGCUAUGAUGCCUCCCAGAGUUAGAGGUAGGGGAAAAGGUCCCAUGCGAGGGGGACCAUCAGCAGCAAGGCCAUCACACCGACCGACUCCGUCUGCGUCCCUUUCUGGUUCUGACUCACAUGAUCUGUGGGGUCACUCCUUUGAGCCAGCGAGACAUUCUGUCUUGUUAAGCUCUUCACCUACUUUCCAUCCAUCUUUUGGGCCACCUGUCCCAGACGAGCCCCAACACUCGCACCAUUCUCAACAUUCCCAUCACUCCCACGAAUCUCACCAAUCGUACCAUUCAUUGCACUCCCAUUCGUUCCACCAUUCGGAUUCUACCUAUUCGCCGGCGCAGUUCAAUCCGAAUGACUAUGUCAACGACUUCCUUGGCUACAACCCUUUGGGCCCUGAGGACCACUUUUCUCAGGAAAUGGAGAUGGACAACGACCCAGAUCCGGAGAUGCAGACCAGAACACCGGGCCACCCAAUAAGCAUAUCAAGUGGAUCUCCAUUUCAGGGAUCACCAUACCGUGGGCCCGAUUCAUUUCAAGAGAAAAUGGCCACUUAUGAUUGGUACUUUACUCCUUCUUACCAUAGCUCUCCAGCGCAACCACCUUUGGUUGAACCCCAGCUCCAAGCAGUUUCACCACCACCACUUCCUGUUGAGGAGCCGCCUCAGCAGCCACCUCCCGAGCCUCCAAGGCGAAGGAGGAAUGCACGUAUAUCCGUGCGAGGAGGACCACGUUAUAGUUCUCCUCAGGGUUCGAGUUCUUACCCUCCUAUUCCAGAGGACCCCCAAAUGGGUGGGCCCUCGAACGCGGCACCAGAGAUCGAUCCUCCGCCAGCUUCUUAUGCACCACCUCAGCCGCCUAUGGGUUUUGAUAACCAAAUCCCGACUUACCUAGGUUCUUCUGGGUACAAUCCUCUUGAAAACCCAUCGGGAUAUCCAUCGGAUUAUGGAACUCAAGACCCAUACCUUACAGUUGCACAAUACCAUCACCUUUACCCUUCUUCUUACCCUCCAGUUCAUCCAACUGGAUACCCAGUGCAGGGUUAUCAAUACCCGCCAUACCAGCAACCUCCUUCCUUCCAGCAGUAG